CAAAUGUAUUUGUACUGACAAAAACAAUCAUCUGAAUUAACAUUUUCUUUCCUAAGAAUUCAUUUUUGUACAAAACAUGCAUCAAAAAUAAAUGACAAAGUUUAAUUAGGUGUCACGGCGCUGGCUCGAUCGUCACGCCCACAUGCCGGCAAGGCUGUGGGCGAUCAGCAAUCUGCACACCUGGGACUGAUGAGGGCGAGCUGUAUAAAGACCAGUAGACCCAAGGAUCCUGGCCGGAACUUAGUCUUCUGUUCGUAGUAAGCAUCCCGUUUCUGGCUUCCCUCCCGUGUGCUUGAUCCCUUGUGUCUUCCCGCAGUUCUUCCCGUGUCUUCCAUAAUCGAGCUGUGCGCCUCGACUUCCCCUUUGGACUUUGGACUGCCUCCCUCGACGCCCGCUUUGCACACGGACCUCAUCACGUCUCUCUCAGCCCCACGGACCUACCGCUUGUCUCACGGACCUUCUUCUGCUUUGUCCCGCCUCUCGCUUAACACAUCACGCUCGUUCCCGCCUCACUCAGACAUGCUGUCGCCAGCCUGGUGACGUCAUCAUGUGCUGCAGCACCGCGCAGCCCCUCUCUCCCUCCGCCGCGCCCUCAUCAUCCCCGAGAGAAAGUAGUCCCCACCCUGAACUUGAAAAUAAUCCUUUUGGAUUUAGAAGCUGAGCAAUAUCCUCAAAGACCUCAUCAGUAAUUCCCUCCCAAAACUGGACCUCCACCUGCUGCCCCAACCUUCUUUUGGCCCAGCGGAGAAGGAGAGCGGGAGGACUGCCCCGUCCAUCAUGAACGUCACCUCGCUCUUCUCCUUCACCAGCCCGGCCGUCAAGCGUCUGCUGGGCUGGAAGCAGGGCGACGAGGAGGAGAAGUGGGCCGAGAAGGCCGUGGACGCCCUGGUGAAGAAACUGAAGAAGAAGAAGGGCGCCAUGGAGGAGCUGGAGAGGGCGCUCAGCUGCCCCGGUCAGCCCAGCAGCUGCGUCACCAUCCCCCGCUCGCUGGACGGCCGGCUGCAGGUGUCCCACAGGAAGGGCCUGCCGCACGUCAUCUACUGCCGCGUGUGGCGCUGGCCCGACCUGCAGUCCCACCACGAGCUCAAGGCGCUGGAGUGCUGCGAGUACCCGUUUGGUUCCAAGCAGAAGGACGUGUGCAUCAACCCUUACCACUACAAACGUGUGGACAGCCCAGUGCUGCCCCCUGUGUUGGUACCGAGGAACAGCGAGUUCAACGCCAAGCACACCAUGCUGCCCCGUUUCCGCAACCCUCUGCAGCAGAACGAGCCACACAUGCCCCAGAACGCCACCUUCCCAGAGUCCUUCGCUCCGGCCAACCCCGUGCCCUUCCCCCAUUCGCCGGUAAAUAGCUUCCCGAGCUCGCCGGGCAGCGGCAGCAACGCCACCUUCCCCCAUUCGCCCUCUAGCUCCGACCCCGGCAGCCCUUUCCAGAUGCCAGAGACGCCGCCGCCCGCCUACAUGCCCCCGGAGGAGCCGAUGACUCAGGACUGCCCCCAGCCGAUGGACACCACCCUCUUGGUGCCGACUUUGCCUCUUGAGAUUAACAACCGGCCAGAUGUGCAGCCCGUGGCCUACGAGGAGCCCAAGCACUGGUGCUCCAUUGUUUACUACGAGCUCAACAACCGCGUCGGCGGGGCCUUCCAGGCGUCCUCCACCAGCGUGCUCGUCGACGGCUUCACGGACCCCUCCAACAACCGCAACCGCUUCUGCCUCGGCCUGCUCUCCAACGUCAACCGCAACUCCACCAUCGAGAACACCCGGCGGCACAUCGGCAAAGGUGUCCACUUAUACUACGUCGGCGGCGAGGUCUACGCCGAGUGCCUGAGCGACAGCAGCAUCUUCGUCCAGAGUCGCAACUGCAACUUCCACCACGGCUUCCACCCCACCACCGUGUGCAAGAUCCCCAGCGGCUGCAGCCUGAAGAUCUUCAACAACCAGGAGUUCGCCGAGCUGCUCGCCCAGUCGGUCAACCACGGCUUUGAGGCCGUGUACGAGCUCACCAAGAUGUGCACCAUCCGCAUGAGCUUCGUCAAGGGCUGGGGAGCGGAAUACCAUCGCCAGGAUGUGACCAGCACCCCCUGCUGGAUCGAGAUCCACCUGCACGGACCCCUGCAGUGGUUGGAUAAGGUUUUAACGCAGAUGGGUUCCCCCCACAACCAAACAUCAUCCGUCUCCUAGACCGCCCCUCGUGGUCAGCCUCUGUGUGUUUUUUUUGGCCCAAGUAGCAAGACGGGUGGCCUGGGCGGGUCCCAGACCAGUUAGUACCUUAUUGCCCUUUAGAUAACAUAACAACGUUAAAAAGAUGAAAGCACAGGCAGCUGAUCUGGGACCUGCAAGGCGGGGCGGGGCGGGGUGGGGUGGCUUUCUACUUGAAGGACCUCUGAAGUGGGCACAUUUACAGACUGGGAGAGGAGCAAGCAGAGUGAGCGUGAUGCAACUGGAAGAUACUUGAUCUCUGUGACCAACUGUAAUAAUCCAACCAUCAGCGCAGGUGUCCUCCCUCCACUUUUUGCUCCCUUUGUUCCCCCCCCACCCCCCGAUAUCCAUUUGAAAGAAAACCUGUUACUACCAAAAAAAAGUACUCUGCGGUUUUGGCCUUUUUGUAAUCAGUCUGUGUCCAUGUUUUGGCACCCUCGCACAACAGUUUACGGUACCAAAAAGGUGACGUUUUAAACUAUUACGGACUAAACCAGGGGUCACCAACGCGGUGCCCAGGUAGCCCGUAAGGACCAGAUGAGUAGCCCGCCGGCCUGUUCUAAAAAUAGCUCAAAUAGCAGCACUUACCAGUGAGCUGCCUCUAUUUUUUAAUUGUAUUUAUUUACUAGCAAGCUGGUCUCGCUUUGCCCGACAUUUUUAAUUCUAAGAGAGACAAAACUCAAAUAGAAUUUGAAAAUCCAAGAAAAUAUUUUAAAGACUUGGACCACUUGUUUAAAUAAAUUCAUUAAUUUUUUUACUUUGCUUCUUAUAACUUUCAGAAAGACAAUUUUAGAGAUAAAAUACAACCUUAAAAAUGAUUUUAGGAUUUUUAAACACAUAUACCUUUUUACCUUUUAAAUUCCUUCCUCUUCUUU